UCCAUUUUGUGACGACUGCAGAUAUUACACGGAGAAAGAACUAUUCAACACAUAUCACAACUUCUACUCCUCUGAAGUGUCUGAAACAAUAAAUCAAUGCAUUGUGAAGUAUAUUGUAGGUGAUGGUCAGUAGUGAAGUGAACAUCAACAGUUCUUUUGCAGGUAUAAAUCAACAUUUUAAAUGUGUCAUGGCCUCCAGGAAGAGGCUCUUGAGAGAAAGUGACACAAAGACAAUGAAAAGGUCGAGACAUGGAGAAUCUCCUGAAUCCAGCUGUGUGUCCAUGAAGAGUGACUGGUCAAUGGAUCCUCCACUUAACUUCAGUUCAGGAGGUUGUGCUGAUGUGAGUAACAAAACGGAUGGAUCACAUUCCUUCAAACAGAAGCACAUUGAUUCUGUUUUCCAGGAACUUGAGCACAAAAUCAUCUCUCUGAUGAAGACAGAGCUGAAGAACUUCAAGAGACUACUGAGCCCAGAUUCCCCAGCAUGCUCUGAGAGAGCGGAGGAGGAGGAUGAAGAUCAGAGCAGUGUCAGAGAGGGGCUUCUGAAGAUCACACUGGACGUCCUGAGGAACAUGAAUCAGACAGACCUCGCUUACACUCUACAGACCAAAGUUUCUCCUUUGGGUGUGAAAAAACACAAAUCCAGACUAAAGGAGAAAUUCCAGAGAAUUAAUGAAGGAAUGUCAAAUCAAGGAAGGUCAACACUUCUGAAUGAGAUCUACACAGAGCUGUACAUCACAGAGGGAGGGAGUGGAGAGGUCAAUAAUGAACAUGAAGUGAGACAGAUUGAGACAUCAUCCAGGAGACCAGAGACACAUGAAACACCAAUCAAAUGCAAUGACAUCUUUAAAGCCUUACCUGGACAAGACAAACCCAUCAGAACUGUGCUGACUAAAGGAGUUGCAGGAAUUGGAAAAACAGUCUCUGUGCAGAAGUUCAUUCUGGACUGGGCUGAAGGAAAAGCAAAUCAGGAUGUUCACUUCAUAUUUCCACUUCCUUUCAGAGAGCUCAAUUUGAUGAAGCAGAAAAAUGUCAGUCUGAUGGAACUUCUUAAUCAGUUUUUCACAAAUACAAAAGAACUGAAAUCAACAGGCUUUAAUAAAUACAAAGUUGUGUUUAUCUUUGAUGGACUGGAUGAAUGUCGACUUCCUCUAGAUUUCCAGAACAAUGAUAUUCUCUCUGAUGUAACAGAAUCAGCCUCAGUGGAUGUGCUGCUGACCAACAUCAUCAAGGGGAAUCUGCUUCCUUCUACUCUGAUCUGGAUCACCUCUCGACCAGCAGCAGCCAAUCAGAUUCCUCCUGAGUGUGUUGACCAGCUCACAGAUGUACGAGGGUUCAAUGACCAUCAGAAGGAUGAUUAUUUCAGGAAGAGAAUAAAUGAUGAAAGUCUGGCCAAUAGAAUCAUCACACACAUGAAAUCAUCAAGAAGCCUGUACAUCAUGUGUCACAUACCAGUCUUCUGCUGGAUUUCAGCCACUGUUCUUAAGAGAAUGUUGGGUGAAGCAGAUAGUCCAGAGAUCCCCAAAACUCUCACUCAAAUGUUCACACACUUCCUGAUCUUUCAGACCAAACUGAAGACACACAAGUAUGAUGGGAAAUGUGAGGUGGAUCUACAGCAUGCUAGAAAGAGUAUUUUGUCACUGGGAAAGCUGGCUUUUCAACAGCUGGAAAAAGGGAACCUGAUCUUCUAUGAGGAGAACCUGAGAGAGUGUGGCAUUGAUGUCAGAGAAGCAUCAGUGUACUCAGGAGUUUGUACCCAAAUCUUCAGAGAAGAGGUUGGACUGUACCUGGGGAAGGUGUUCAGCUUUGUGCAUCUGAGCAUUCAGGAGUUUCUUGCUGCUUUAUUCAAAUUUCUGAACAACAAUUCAAGAAUGAGUGAUUUCCUGAAGAGUGAAGUGGACAAGGCCUUACAGAGUGAGAACGGACACCUGGACCUUUUCCUCCGAUUCCUUCUGGGUCUCUCACUGGAGUCCAAUCAGACAAUCUUACGAGACCUACUAACACAGACAGGAAGCAACUCUGACAGCAGACAGGAAAUAGUUGAGUACAUUAAGAAGAAGAUCAGGGAGAAUCCCUCUCCAGAGAAAUCCAUCAAUCUGUUUCACUGUCUGAAUGAACUGAAUGAUCAUUCUCUAGUGCAGGAAGUACAAACAUACCUGAACAGAAUUGACCGCAAAACUCAUAGCAGAUUAUUUAGAAGACAAUAUUCCAGUCCUCUCUCUGGAGUCGGUCUCUCUCCUGCUCAGUGGUCAGCUCUGGUGUUUGUGUUGCUGAACUCAGAAGAGAAGCUGGAUGAGUUUAAUCUGAGGGAAUAUGAUCGAUCAGAUGAAUGUCUUUUGAGGCUGCUGCCAGUGAUCAAAGCAUCCAGGAAAGCUGAUCUGUGGAACUGUAAUCUGACAGAGGAAAGUUGUUCAGCACUGGCCUCAGUUCUUAGAACAAACUCCUCAAGUCUGAGAGAACUGGACCUGAAUGAAAAUAAACUGCUGGAUUCAGGAGUGAAGCUGCUCUCUGCUGGACUGAAGAAUACAAACUGUAAACUGGAGAAACUAAAUCUGUGUGGCUGUAAACUGACAGAGGAAAGUUGUUCAGCACUGGCCUCAGUUCUCAGAUCAAACUCCUCAAGUCUGAGAGAACUGGACCUGAGGAACAAUAAACUGCAGGAUUCAGGAGUGAAGCUGCUCUCUGCUGGACUGAAGAAUACAAACUGUAAACUGAAGAAACUAAAUCUGUGUUGGUGUAAUCUGACAGAGGAAAGUUGUUCAGCACUGGCCUCAGUUCUCAGAUCAAACUCCUCAAGUCUGAGAGAACUGGACCUGAGGAACAAUAAACUGCUGGAUUCAGGAGUGAAGCUGCUCUCUGCUGGACUGAAGAAUACAAACUGUAAACUGGAGAAACUAGAUCUGUGUUGGUGUAAUCUGACAGAGGAAAGUUGUUCAGCACUGGCCUCAGUUCUCAGUUCAAACUCUUCAAGUCUGAGAGAACUGGACCUGAGUCGCAAUAAACUGCUGGAUUCAGGAGUGAAGCUGCUCUCUGCUGGACUGAAGAAUACAAACUGUAAACUGGAGAAACUAGAUCUGUGUGGCUGUAAACUGACAGAGGAAAGUUGUUCAGCACUGGCCUCAGUUCUCAGUUCAAACUCCUCAAGUCUGAGAGAACUGAACCUGAGGAACAAUAAACUGCAGGAUUCAGGAGUGAAGCUGCUCUCUGCUGGACUGAAGAAUACAAACUGUAAACUGGAGAAACUAAAUCUGUGUUGGUGUAAUCUGACAGAGGAAAGUUGUUCAGCACUGGCCUCAGUUCUCAGUUCAAACUCCUCAAGUCUGAGAGAACUGGACCUGAGGAACAAUAAACUGCAGGAUUCAGGAGUGAAGCUGAUCUCUGAUCUACUGGAGGAUUCACACUGUAAACUGGAGACAUUACAUAUUAAUUGACUGGAACAAUCACCUACAAAAGCAACAAAUGACAAACCCGACAACUGUCUUCAGUCAUGAACUGUUUAUUGGCCCCUACUUGACAAACAGCAGCAUUGACCCAGCAGAGCUCAACAUGAGGGACAUCUGUUAGUUAUAAACACACAGACAUGUUUAUAAAUAUGUGUAUUGAUGAAGCAGAAAAGUGAAAUGGAGUUGAAUGUUUUGAGUUUGUCAUUUACUCAGACAGUCAUAUGAUGUUAGUGGAGCUGAUUGGUGCACAGCUGAUCUCUCUACUAAAUAUGUUUAUAUCUUGUAAUUUCAUUGUGAAAGGAUCAGCAGGUAAUCCAAAUGUGUUAUAUUUCUGUUGUGUGGUUGCUGUUGGACUGUAUGUUUCUGUAUGUAUCUGAUCAAUGCUGUUGAUAAUCACAAAAAUUAAUUUCGACUUUUCCCUCCUAUAUACAGGUGCAUCUCAAUAAAUUAGAAUGCCGUGGAAAAGUUCAUUUAUUUCAGUAAUUCAACUCAAAUUGUAAAACUCGUGUAUUAAAUAAAUUCAAUGCACACAGACUGAAGUAGUUUAAGUCUUUGGUUCUUUUAAUUGUGAUGAUUUUGGCUCACAUUUAACAAAAACCCACCAAUUCACUAUCUCAAAAAAUUAGACAUUCUAAUUUAUUGAGAUGCACCUGUAUAUAUAUAUGAUGUAACAACGUAAACCCUUUAACAACCAUAAACUUUACAGCUCACAAUAAUACACAAGUUUUAACAGAAGCAUUCAUUUAAGAGCUUUUAUUUACUUCACAUUUUUGCCUUAAAACCUUCAAAUAAUCUGUCCCGUUCACUGUUUUGAGGAGCGACAAUUCAAAAUGAUUAUUUGUGGGAAUCAACAUUGUCACGACUGUUGUCGAUUCAGAUUAACUUGUAUUCAACCCAGAAUAUUCCUUUAAAAGUGUCAAAUAUACUUAUCUUGAGAUGAUAUACUUGUUUAUUAAGACAUUACUAGUCUGAUAUAAUGUUUGAAAUCGAACUGAAAUGUACAUUAAAAGUCAACAACACCGAC